GAGUGUCGCAGGCGACUUGGCCGCUAGGGUUGACGUCCACGGUAACCGGUAUUUCGUAGAGGUCAAUGCGAUUACUUGUCACCUAGUUGCGCCGAGUUCGACGAGAAAAGACGUCGAACGUUGUCCGCAAAAUGAUACCCGAUUUGGCGGCUCAGGCACUGAUAGACCGCACCGGUCGUUGGUGCUUAGUGGGUUUGGUGUUGCGCUGCUAAGCAGGAGGUAGCGGGAUCAAGUACCCGCCACGGCGGGUGCAUUUCGAUGGCGGCGAAACGCAAAAAAUAUACGUGUACGCAGAUUUAGGCACACGUUAAAGGAACCCAGGUGGUGAAAAUUAAUCCGUAGUCCUCUACUACGGCGUGGCUCACAAUCAGCUAGUGGUUUCGGAAUGUGAAACCCCAUAAUUUAUCCUUUCAUCCAAUAUACGGGGUUGGCGAUGGGAGGGGAUUGAAGUUAACAUUGAAAUUUCCACCUGUCCCCUCUUUUGUUACCCUGCCAACUGUACCUCGCCACGAAAUGAGAACUAAUGUACCUCCCUGCACGCCAGAUGAAAAUGGAGACUCCUUUACUUACACUAUCCACCCCCUUCUGUCAAAUUAAAAUUGAGAUGCCACCCUUGAUACCUGUAUACGUCAACAGGAGUGGCCACGUUCAUGGCGCCACCUGUGCCCGGCAGAGUUCACGAGGAGCGAAGACUGAGAUUCAUUCUCGUAACCAACCAUAUUUUUUGAGCAUCUUUUAUAAAGCCUUGGUAGCGAAGGAACCACUAACAUACAUCUUUGUUCCCAGUUUUGUUGGGCAAGAACUACCAUGCAGGACGAAAACGUUGUCGUCGGACAAAUCGUCACAAGCUGCCAAUAUCAGGCCUUGAGUCGUACAGCUCACAGAUGACACUGCAGAGCGAUGAACAUUUGCUCCCGUCAUCUUACCAACAAUCGUACUGGAACUCGUCUAGUGGCAUUCAAACUGAAAGCAGGGCCGACGGACAAACCUAUUUCUGCCUGCUAGGCUGUGUUUGCAUCUCCCUGGGCUUAGUGCUUUCCGCGGUAGCAGUCCUCGUCAUGACCGGUGUGUCAAACGCUCCCGAGACAACGGUACUAGACGAAGGCGGCAGCGAUGGGUCCUCAUCCUCAUCUGUCCCAUCCUUACCAGUCCCAGCCCGUGCGACCGUUGAAGUGAUUGUACAGCGCACUGCUCCUGUGCACCGCACUGUGGGGACGCCAGCUGAGUCGAUGGUACCAACAAUUGCCACUAUGACGAAAGUACCGACAGUGACCCAUGUGCCUUCAACAAAGCCGAAGGAGACGACCACAUCGCCUCGUCCUUCCGCCCCGACUACGCCUAAAGCCACGCUUCCUGAAGAGUACUACGAGGAUAUAGAAACGACUGGAGGCGACUACGAUCCCUUUACGCCUUCCGUGAAACAUUCUGCAAGACCUGUCCCGCUGUUGUGCACGGUGAGCGUGAAGAUCACGGGAGCCACCACGCUGCCGGACGACGGCCUUUGUGACGUCAUCUUCUACGACUCGUUCUACGUGAAGAACGAGCCUCACGGGUGGCAGGAUGCUGGCCUGGAUUAUCUUCUGGACUCUGGCAAACGGAUGAUGAACACCGGCAUCGGCGUCUCCUUUUCACCAGUAAAUGGCAAGCUGUUCACUGAUGCGUUUGCUCCAGCCUUCCUCCCUACCAUCGACAAGUUGCUGAGAAGGAGUGUGUAUAGCUUCGGCAUACUGAAUGUCCACGACAAAUAUACUGCCGCAAAAGAUUUGGACACAUGCCUCCAGAUUCUGCAGCUAAUCAAACAACGUGUAGGACGGGCAGAAAACAAUGAGGCGGACUUCCCACCUGCCUACACUGUACUGGGCGUCUACUUCGACCUCCCCUAUCGAUACCAGAACAUGAAACAAUUAAGGCGAUUCUCCGUGCCCUCGUUCUUCAUUAGCAUCACGCAUCCCUCGUACUACAACACCAAUGACCCGGACUGCCGCAUCCUGCCUAAUAGCAUGCAGAAAUUCCCAAGGAGUCCAUCACGUAGCGCCAUUAAAUACGCCAUCACAAUUACGGAAGCAGUCAACCACGUCAAAUGGACGAUGCGCUAUAAGAACUACACGGAAAUGGCCAUAUCUUUCUCCAUGCGUGGCACUGUGUAUUUGCUAGGCCUGAGCAGUGCUUUGUUCACGCCCUGCACAAACGUCUUCAGGCACUACGACACUGCUCCAAAUCGCCUCUGCAACACGAAACACGCUUCCAAUUACUUCUACGACAGCGAAAUGUUUGCUGACUACACCUUCUACGUUGAUAGACCCCCAAAGAGCACAAUGAUGACCUUCGACUCCGAAGUCGCCAUCAAGUCAAAGCUUUGUUGGACGGCCGCGACUUUCCCAAACCUUCCCAUCCUCGCCGCCGCCUACGAUGUGGACUACGAUGCCAGUGACGAGGGUUGCCCUGCUCUGCACCUGGGAAAGGGUGCCUACAGACGCCUGAGAUUGCUCAAGGCUCUGAACAAUUACGUGCGACACAACUUUACGGAUCUUCAGCGCUGCCUCGCCGCUCAGUUUUGAAUAAACUUAAAAAGCAUACCCGACGCAGGCCGCGGAGCGGGCGUCACGUGAUCAACAAACCUAAAGAAAUAAAAACAAGGUAGGGUUGGCUGCUGCAUACCCUCUGCUUCAA